ACAAAUGAAGUGCGUAGGUCACGAAUGAGGACGGCGGAGGUUGAUGAAUCAGCAUUCCAUCGUGCUGAAUUGUUGAAUGGAAUAGCAACCUCUUCGGCUCACGCCAUGGCGGAGAAUACGAAUCACCAAAAUAGGACACCACUAGCCGAGAAGUCCGUCUCGCUAUCCCUUUGCAGUGGAAGUGCCUCUGGCAGUGGCGGCGGCGGCGUCAGCAGCGUCAACACGCACAAACUCGUCUCAGAGAGCUUCAAUCGACCCACGAAGUGCCUAAUCUGUGCCAGCCUCCUACUUGGUCAACAGUGGCAAGGUUUGAGGUGCCAACAAUGUGGAUUUGUCUGCCACUUGCAGUGUAGACAGGCAGCUGCUUCGCUUUCAUGUAAUUCCUCAUCUACUUGCUCAACUCCUGAAAUGCCGUCGUUUGUUAUAAUUGUUCCAUGGUUCGUCAAUGUUAUCACUUUAUACGCUAUGCUCUUGCACUCACAUGCACCUUUUCAAAUCUGCGUUUUCAUUGACCUCUUGAAUUGGCUUUUUUGUGAGGGAGACAUUCGAAUGGAUGGCGAUUUAACCACCCUUGCCCUCUGCGUUAGACUUCGAGUAUAUCGACGCUGGGGCAACUAA